AUGGCCUGGCCUGUUCUGGGCGGAGCCGCUAACAUCAAGUUUGGCUUCCAGUUUAUCCAGAUUGGAGACUUCCGCAUCGGGGCUGUUGACGACCAUCACUUCUCGAUUGCGCACCGGCGUACCAUGAUGACGGCCGUGAUCUACACAGCUGACGGGGUGACGCACCCGGGACACAACCAUCGGAGGGACUGGAACGUCCUCGACCGUCCCGAAGGACCUCCAGGCGGUCUGACAUUCGGGGACCGGUUCGUGCAGUUCGGCAAAUUCCGGAUGGGCGAUACGGACGGGCAUCAUUUCUACCUCAUGAGUCCGCGCAAGCACUUUAUCAGUCUCUUCCUCGGCGAUGGAGGUGUAAACUCCUACCGUCCGGGUGUUGGUCAUGCAGACUUUCUUCGCCUGCAGCAGAACUUGCUGAGGGAACGUCUCGCUGACUGGACAUGUCCGGACUUGGGCGAGCUGGCGCACGGAGCCUGCACUGCGAGCUGGGGAGGUUGGGGAGACAGGUUCCUUCAGCUCGGAAACUGGCGAUUGGGUGCCCUUGACACGGGCCACUUCGGGAUUUGUCACAGGAACGGCAUGAAUGCCCACAUGUACAGGCACGAUGGCACCGUGUUCCUUGCAAGACAGGACCCUCAACUUUGGAGAAGGCCGCUUGGCUUCCCCUACGGCAUCACUUUCGGCAAGGACUUCAUCCAAAUUGGGAGUUUCCGCAUUAUGGCAGGGGACAAGGACCACCUGAGCAUCUCCCAUCCAGAGUUCAUCGGUGUGAACUUCCGGGGAUGGGACUCGACGGUGUGGCUUGGCAAAGAAACCCACGACAAAGCGGCCUCGGAGAAGUGGAGCGGUUGGUGGGGACACCACGCGAAUAAAGACAGUGCUGGGAGUGCCGGGCCUACACGUGUCAUGUAUGGGGAUCGAGUCUUACAGAUCGGCAACUUCCGCAUCGGGCAGAUGGAUUCGGGCGAUGAUCUGCUUCUGACGCAUGUGGACGGCCAUCUCAAACGCACCGUGAGCCGCUUCACCUCAUCCGGACAAGUUCACGCGGGUAACCAGGACUACCACAGAUGGACAAGCCACAUCAUCUACCGCCCAUUGCAGUACCACUGCAGCAGUUUGGAGGACGUCAUGGAGCUAUGUCCUGGAAUCACUGCAGGGGACCGAUUCCUUCAGAUCGGUGACUUCCGGAUUUCGCAAAGCAUGCCCGGGGCGCUCUCCAUCUCCCAUCGAUCCGGCCUCGUCUCCAAGGAGGCGAGGGAACUUCACCAUGCCGAUGCCGGGAGUUUGAAGUUCGGAGAUCGCUUUAUUCAGAUCGGUGAUUUUCGGCUUGGCGCGGACGAAGGGCAAGGCUACGACUCCGUGAUCCUGACUCAUAGGGGUGUAAGCUUUGGUGACCGCUUCGUGCAGAUUGGCAAUUACCGAUUUGGGGCCUUCGAUGGGCACCACUUCACCGUGGCCCACAAAGACGGUGUCAUCGCCGAGCUGUUUACCGGGUAUGACGGGCUCCAGCAUAACGGGCCGAUUGCCAAGUGGACAACGUUUGGCCGCCCGAUGAGAGAAUGCAAGGUGAUGCCGCCGAGGUGGUUCGCGCCACUUCUCAAGCCUCCAUGCUGGAGUGAAAGCCUCACAACCACCCUUGCUGAAAAAGAAUGUUUCCUGUCGGGGAUGGAGCUGAUGGUCCGCAGUGCCGCGACGAGCUCGGGGUGCGUUUUGAUGCAAGGCUCCGAGCUCAAGUGCUGGGGGUACAACAGUCACGGGCAGCUCGGCUUGGGCGAUACAGACAACAGAGGAGACAGCUCAAGCAGCAUGAUCGCAGUCGCCCCGGUGAUUGACCUGGGGGGAACGCCGACACACGUGUGCACAGGCGAGCACCACGCCUGCGCGGUGCUGGAUGACAGCACUCUCAAGUGCUGGGGCCUUGGAUCGGAGGGCCAAACGGGACAAGGAGACCAACUGAACCGUGGUGAUGCAGCAGGUGAGAUGGGUGAAAACCUUCCUGCAGUGGAUGUGGGUUCAGGGCGUACGGUUUCGAAGGUGGCAUGUGGAGACACAUGGACAUGCAUGGUCCUCGACAACGGUGCCGUGAAGUGCAUGGGAAGAGGCCACUACGAGCGCAUCGGCAACGGCCUUUCCCCGCACAUGAUGGGACAUGCUCCCGAGUACAUCGGAGACCAUUUGCCAGAAGUGAACUUAGGAACCACAGCCACUGAUGUUUUCGCAUCCUUUUGGCAUUCUUGUGCCAUCCUGACGGAUGGUUCGGCCAAAUGCUGGGGCCGCCCAGACAAUGGCAUGCUCGGCAAGAAUGGCCAGGCGCGCCUUGGCUUCGAUACCAUCGAUGUGGGAUCAGGUCGCACGGUGACCCAAAUGGCGCUUGCAGAGUAUGCCACAUGUGUCCUACUCGAUGAUAGCACCGUGAAGUGCUUCGGACGUGGUUCCGACUCCAAGGGUGUCCUGGGCUAUGGAGACACACAGAACCGGGCCAGCACAGAUGCUCCGGUCGUGGAUCUGGGCACUGGAAAGACAGCCAAGCACAUCACUGCCGGCCGUUACCAUGUGUGUGCCCUUUUGAACGAUGACACGCUGAAAUGCUGGGGAGAUGAUGUCGCGACCUAUGGUGUUUUGGGUGGAACUGUCGCAACGGUUGGUGAUGAGCCGAAUGAAAUGGGUCUCCGCAGGUGA